AUGCCUUCCAGGUACCGGGAAGCUUGGAUCAAGAGCCGAACCAUGGGCCGGCCAGUACCAGCGCCCCUGCACGGGGUUGUCGUGGGGCCCUGCGUGGAUGAUGCGGCGAAGGCUCAGGCGGCAAAGGCUCCAGCCGCGCCGGUGGACUUGCUGGACAUGGGCGAGAAGGUAGAGAAGACGGAGAAGGCGAAGCCGGCACAGGCCGACCUCCUUGGCUUCGAUGAUGGCCAGGCAAGCGCGCCGGGCGGCGAUCUCUUGGGCCUUGCGCAGGCUCCGUCGAAACCGGCGUCCAAUGGCAGCGACCUGCUAGGCUUCGGCUCGCUGGACUUCAACCAGGUAGCGGCCCCAGCGCCAGUGGCAUCCGCGGUGUCCCCAGCAACGGCAAACGCCGCACUCCUGGCGCCAGCGGCUGCGCCUGUGCAGGCGGCACCUGCUGAGGCCACUGGGCCUGCGCCCAGGAACGGUGCAGGUACCCUGGGCGCGGGCGCAAAGCUCAUAGAGCAGCCCCAGGAGAAGGUGCUCACUUCGGAGAGCAAAUCGGAUCGACCUGCUGGCACUGAGACGGCCACCCGACAAAGGUUGAUCUUCCAGGCCCCGAAGGAUUGCAUAUUCAAAGACCAGUGGAAGUCGCAUCUACCGUCACGCACAGCGGAGCAAGCGCUGGGCGAGGAUGUCCGCGGACGCCUGCGAGACUUGGUGAUGCGCUGCCCGUGCGCUGUGCUGGAGGGACUUCGUUGGAGUGUUCUGCGCAAGGUGUACACCGAGCGGUACCCGGGCGGGUUCGUGGGUGCGAGCUCUUUGCCUGCCGCCAAGGCCUGCCUGAAAGACUUGGCGGAGUUCCAUGAAGCGCCAGGUGCCCUAGAUGACCUAUGGCUGGCCUUGCUGCUGGCAGCCUGGGGCCUUCAUUUCCAGGCGCCGGGCUGGCUGAGCUUGCGAGCUCGCGGGUCUGCCAGGCAUCGCUGCACCAGACAUGCCGUGGACUUGCCCGAGAUGCCGACGGUGCAAGAGUUAGAUGAUAUGUACCCAGAGUUGGCGCGGAACCAAGUGGCGGUCCUGGCGCAGGGCGAGAACUGGGCCGUGGUCUACAACCCUUCAGGCUGCACGGCGCACCCCCACAAGGAGCUUCCAAAGGACCGGGAAGGCAUGACGCUCAUGGGCCGCGCCAAGAAGACCUUGCGCCGACAGCGGCUGCACCUGGUGGGCCGCCUGGACCGCUCGGUGAGCGGAGUGUCGCUGGUGGCCUUUGACCCGGACACCGCGCAGGCUCUGCACGAGGUCAACGUCUCGAAGGUUUACUAUGCGUUUCGGUUGGCAAGAAAACCUUGCCUGAGUUCAUUCCGCGUUGUGGGAUCUUCAAGCAUGAGGCCGAUGAGGCUCUGCCGAAACAGUGGCGAGCACUUCCUGCAGCGAGGUCGCUUUAGCAUCGACCGGGAGCUGGCUGAUAAGAAGCCAUUCGGAAAGCGGCGGGGCAAAAAGAUGACGAAACCCAGCCACACGGACGUGGAGGUGUUGCUGGGCAGCGCCGGCCCGGAUUGCUGUUUGGUGCGGGCAGAGCCCACCACCGGGCGGUAUCACCAGAUCCGUCGGCACCUGCGGAACAUCAGUUUGCCGAUCCUUGGGGAUACGUACAACAAGCGGAGAACCCGCGAGUACUUCGAGUCUUUCGGGCUUCCGCUCCCGCGGCGGGUUAUGCUGCACCUGCACAGCAUGAAAGUGCCAGCCACAGAGCACACGCCUGAGAUCCAUGUGACUUGCCCACUGCCCCCGAAGUUCAUCAGCUUCCUCCGCCGUUCCCCUGGGCCGCAGAGGCUGAGUCGAUGCUGCCGGAGUUGUUUGCCGACCCGAAGCCGGACCUGA